AUGGCUGUCGAUGGGAGCUAUGUCUAUGUGUGCAGUCACAAUGCUGACAGCUUGGUAGUGUUGGACGUCUCUACGCCGGCCAGUCCUACGAUAGUAGCCUCCUUGACGGAUAGCACUAACCUUGAUGGAGCACACAACGUUGUCCUGGAUGGAAGCUACUGGGGCAAAUCGUUAGCACUUUUCCUCUCCGAAACUCAUUCCAGCGCAAAGAUUACCCUAGAGCGCUUUUUCCGAUAUUCCUCUACCCAUUGUACCCCUGUGUCACGAUUGGACAGAUUGGACUCAGGUGGCUAUGCCUAUGUGGCUGGCUACUGGGCCGACAGUGUGGUGGUGGUUGAUGUGAGCACGCCAACAGCGCCAGCGGUGGUUGGCGCUUAUUCCUCCAUCUCAGAUUCGCCAAACGUUCUCAACGGUGCCAGCAGUAUUGCCGUUUCAGGUAAUUACGCCUACUCCCUUUCUUGGUUCUCGGACAGAUUGGUGGUGGUGGACAUUUCCACAAAGACCAAUCCAACACUUGCGGGCACCUUUCAGGCGGCAGGCGAUCUUGAUGGACCCACGGACAUCGCGAUCGUCGGAAACUAUGCUUAUGUCACAUGUCAGCAUACAGACAAGCUGGCGGUGCUAGACAUCUCCAAUCCCGCCAGUCCCACAAAAGUGGGCGAGGUGGCAGAUAGCAGCGUGAUGGAUCAGCCCCUGAGCAUGGCGAUCGACGGCACAAUUGCUUUCGUGGUUGCCUACAAUUCCUUCAGUUUGGCAGCAAUCGACAUUUCCACACCGACCAGUCCUACGAUUGUGGGCUCAGUGGUUGACAGUGCCCGAGACCAUCUCGACUAUCCUUUCGCUGUCCGCGUUGCUGGUAGCUUUGCGUACGUGGCAAGCAUGGGGAAUGGAGGAGGCAUGACGAUCGUGGAUAUUUCUACUGUGGCCAGCCCCUCUAUCGUUGACAGUGUGAAGGACAACACUGUGCUUGACGAAAACAGGGGUAUAGCGGCUGCCAACGGCUUGGUCUACGUCUCUGCGUAUGCUGGCAAGAACUUUGUUGUUGUGGAUCCAAAUCCUACUACCACAAGUACAAGUGCAACCAGCACGACCACUCUUUCGACCACUUCUACAUCUCCUACAGCAACGAGCAGCACAUCCACCACCACGAAAAGUGCUAGCAGCACCACGACGGCAUCGGCAACAACAUCCACAACCACGAAAAGUGCUAGCAGCACCACGACGGCAUCGGCAACAACAUCCACAACCACGAAAAGUGCCAGUAGCACCACGACGGCAUCGGCAACAACUUCGACACAGACAACAGUCAGCAGUUCGACCACCGCCACAACCACCUUCACCGCCAGCACCACGAUCACCGCAACGACAACAACUUUGACCUCAGUGACAACGAAGAGCAGCACAACUACCGCCAGUACCAUAACGGCAGAAACGGUGACAACCACAACGUUCACGGCAACGGCAACGGAGACAUCAUCGACUUCCACGACGACAGUGACAUACACAGAAGCAGGCUCAAACUCGGUGCCAGAACCCACAGGCAAUGCGAGCUCAGCUGGCUUGGAUACAAGCCUUGCCGUGAUCAUUGUGCUCGGGAGCAUACUUCUGAUCGCACUGCUUGCAGGUCUGGCCUGGAAGGCCUGGCAAGGGCGCAAGGCCCGGGAACCGGCCUCAAGCAACGAAGUCCGUGUCUGA